CAAGUGAAACCGCCUGGGGGUGCCCUUCUGGAAGGGAAUUCAGCUCAGUCACAGAUGGCUGGGCAGUCACCUGGCAACCGCAGCCAGUGGUUCCAAACAAUCGGGAUCCCGGAUCCACCGCGGGCAAGGUUGUGCCCCGAUCGCCUUGGCCUCCCGUCCCUUCGCAAUGCCUCCCACACGGAAUUCUUUCCAGCACCCUACAUUAGACAAUGACGAUUCCUGCCUGGGAAAACAGCUGGCUUACAAGAAAUUACCGUACAAGAAUCCGGCUCAUCUGGCUCAGCAGCAAGAACCCUGGAGUCGGCUCAACGCAACUUCCACGAUUACCUCCCUGAGGCGCCGUGCCUAUUUUUCUGACUGCAAGAUACCAAAGGAUGACCUGGACUUCCGCUUAGCAGCCCUGUACAACCACCAUACUGGUGCAUUCAAGGACAAAAGUGAGGUACUGUUACACCAGGAGACAGUCCACGGAAUCAAGAUCCAAUUCCCGGGAGAGUCUUCACCGCCUCCUCUCCUGCCUCCCAUCACUUCCCGGGCUAACAUUAGACAGUGGACCAACCCUAAGAAGGAGUCCAUCCACAGCAUCCAAGGAUCCAUAGUGUCCCCUCACACCGCAGCCACCAAUGGAGGUUACUCACGCAAGAAGGAUGGUGGCUUCUUCUCCACAUAGGACCCUGGUCUCACUGGCCCUGGUGGGAACCACUGCCGUCUGCUUCCAUUAAACAGAUUUGCUCAAGGUGAAGCUUGAAGUGUCUAUUGUCAUGGCCAUGAGUUGCUCCUUGACUGAUAAGGAAGGGAAAUGUCCCAACUUGCAGAUGAGUCCCAUGGCGAACAUUUGCAAACUGGCAAGUCGUCUUGCUAAAAAGGACUUAGGACUCAGGGUGCAGGAUGUGUCUGAUAAAACCAAGUUGUUCCAACUUCACAGUGCUAGGCAUUCAACGUUUCUUACAAACUUCACAAACCAAGCUUUGGGAUAAGCUUUCCCUAUCAUUUUAGCAACUCAGAGCCUCCUUGGUUGAGCAUCUGCUGGACUCCACUGAUCCCCGAGGGCUCUCUCCCUGAUCCCAGCCCCUAGCCAUUGUCAGCCACUGUCUCGUUGUCUGAAUGUCAACUCCCUUUAUCCCAUAUCUGUUUGUAAUGUGAUUUAUGGUCCAACUCCUCUAAACA